AUGGCUCACAAGACAGCUGGCGGCAACGCCGCGUUCCACAACUUCAACAAUGACUUCGCGCAUAUUGAAGACCCUAAUGAACGACGCCGGCUUGCACUGGCUGAGAUCGACAAAGCGCCCUUUGGCUGGUACCAUGUGCGCGCAAUCUUGGUUGCAGGUACCGGUUUCUUCACGGAUUCGUACGACAUCUUCUGCGUGUCUCUCUUGACGAUCAUGUUGGGUAUCGUUUACAAGCACGACAACAAGGGUGUUCUUCUCACACAACAAGACACAGCUAUCAAGCUUGCAACAUCAGCUGGUACCGUUCUUGGACAAGUCGGAUUCGGUACACUGGCCGAUAUUGUUGGACGUAAGAAGAUGUAUGGUCUUGAGUUGAUCCUGAUCAUCGUCGCCACACUCGCCCAGUCUCUCACUGGCCCUGGUCCCGGCACUUCAGUUGUCGGUCUGAUCAUCUUCUGGCGUGUAUUGAUGGGAAUUGGUAUCGGUGGUGACUACCCACUGUCUUCCAUCAUCACUUCUGAGUUCGCCACGACCAAAUGGCGCGGCGCCAUGAUGGGUGCCGUCUUCGCCAUGCAAGGUUUUGGUCAGCUCGGUGGUGCUCUGGUCAUGCUUUGCCUCGUUGCCGGUUUCAAGGACACGCUUUCAGGCGCUAAGGGCUACGCAGACUGUGAUGGUCAGUGCUCUAUCGCAGUUGACAAGAUGUGGCGUGCCCUUAUCGGAAUUGGCAUCGUCCCAGCCUGCAUCGCGCUCUACUACCGUCUUACCAUUCCCGAGACUCCUCGCUACACGUUCGAUGUCGCCCGUGACGUCGAGAAGGCCAACGCAGACACCAACCAGUACCUCUCUGGUAAGCAUGGCAACGGCGACCCUGAUGCGAUCGCCCAAGUUGCCCAGACCCAGGCCACUGCUCAGCUUGAAGUUCCCAAGGCUUCUUUCGGCGACUUCUUUAGGUUCUACGGCAAGCUCCGCAACGGCAAGAUUCUUUUCGGUACCGCAAUGUCAUGGCUCCUCCUCGAUGUUGCAUUCUACGGACUUGGCUUGAAUUCAUCGACUGUUCUCCAAGCUAUCGGCUACGCCAACGGUGACAAUCUGUAUCUUAAUCUACACAACCUUGCUGCCGGUAACGCUAUCUUGGUGUGCGCUGGAGCUAUUCCCGGAUACUGGCUUGCGGUUGCGACUAUUGAUACUGUUGGACGCAAAACACUCCAACUCGCUGGUUUUACCAUUCUCACCAUCCUCUUCAUUGUCUGGGGAUUCGCCUACAGUCACCUCAGCCACCACGCCAUGUUGGCCAUCUACGUCCUCAUCCAGCUCUUCUUCAACUGGGGUCCCAACACGACCACCUUCAUCGUGCCUGGAGAGUGCUUCCCAACUCGCUACCGUUCCACAUCUCACGGAAUCUCUGCUGGCUCAGGCAAGAUCGGCUCCAUCAUCGCUCAGGGAGCUAUCUCUCCUCUUCGAACUCGGGGCGCUACAGCGACGAACAAGAACCCAUGGUUGAACCACGUCAUGCAAAUCUUCUCAGCUUUCAUGUUCUGUGGUAUCUUCACUACCCUGCUGAUCCCGGAGACCAAGCGCAGGACGCUCGAGGACCUGGCGCAAGACUGGGAUAUGGGUGAUGAGUCCAUCACUGGUACGGAGUACGCGCGCAAGGCGGAGAACCGCAGCAGCGACGAGGCUGGUACCACUGAGCUCAAGGCUUAG